UUUGUCAGACAAAAAUUUCCCAAUUAUGCAGCUGCUCUUAGCAUUUUGCUGACUUGUUGGGCAACAGACAAGAACAGUCAGUCUUUUAGGAGACGGCGGAGUGGAGACGCUGCUGCUCGUAUUUGUAAGUACUUUGACAAUUAUUGUACUAAUUCUAAUGUUCUGUUUUUUUUUAUCUUCUUCUGGUUACACUGAUUUGAUGCUAAAAAUGUUUUUUUUUGUCUUUUAAUUAUGUCUGUGUGGUCAGAAGUAGGAGGUGAACAGCGCAUCCCGGUGGUAGCCAUGGUCGGAGCCCCGUCACUCCACCAAGCGGCGACUCUCCUCUGGUUCUGGACAGUGGCUGUUGGGAUGCCGGACCUGACCAGGCGAGACCAGCUGAUGCGCCAGGAAGCCAGCCGACAGACGGGAGGCAAGGUGGCGCUCACUCCAGCCGAGCGUAGGCUGGAUGCCAGGCUUCGCCAAAUGAAAGAGCAAGAGAUGUCAGGUGACGUCUUCCCACCUGCCCUCCACUUCUUUAAGGCCAAGCCUUUCAUCCAGAGAAGCUCCAUCUUCAAGUUGCUGCAGGAAAUGCCCAAAGGCGCUGCCCUUCACGUCCACAGUUCCACUCUUGUGAGCGUGGAAUGGCUGGUGAAGAACGUGACGUACCGGCCGCACUGCUACGUCUGCUUUACGUGGGACAACUCUGUGCGCUUCAUCUUCUCCCAGCGACAACCUUUCCCACGCUGGGACUGCUUCCACUGGCAGCUGCUGCACACCCUCAGGGCCAAGAACGCAGACCCGGCUGCCUUCGACACCAGCUUGAUGCGGCAUCUAACGCUGGUCACUGAAGACCCCGAUGGCGACUACCCAAACCAGGACGUUGUGUGGGAGAAGUUUGAGAAGGCCUUCAUAGCUUUGGCCGGCCUGGUCAGGCACGCCCCUGUGCUGAGGGACUACUUAUCUCGAGGCCUUUAUGAGCUCCACCAGGACAACAUCAUGUAUCUGGAACUCCGCAGUGGUCUUUCCAAGGCGUAUGAGCUGGACGGAACGAUCCAUGACAAGAUGUGGACGCUGAGGACCUUCCAGGAAGUGACAAAGAAGUUUGUCAAAGAUCAUCCUGACUUUCUCGGAGUUCGCCUCAUCCUGUCAGUGCACAGAGCUUUGAGUGCCUCUGAGGUGAAAGCGGCAGUGAAGGAGGCCAUUGAGCUGCAGAAGUCGUUCCCUGAUGUGGUUGCAGGAUUUGACCUGGUGGGCAGGGAGGAUAGCGGCAGGCCGCUAUGGUACUUCCGGGACGCUCUUUCCCUGCCUGACCAACUGGGCGUCACGCUGCCCUACUUCUUUCACGCGGGAGAGACCAAUGAGGAAGGCACCGAGGUGGAUCAGAACAUUCUGGAUGCGCUCGUAUUCAAUACCAGCCGCAUUGGCCACGGAUACGCAUUGGCGCACCACCCAAUCGCUAAGGAGCUCUCCAGGAAAAGGAACGUGGCGGUGGAACUGUGCCCCAUCUCAAACCAGGUGCUGAAACUGGUGUCAGACCUGCGGAACCACCCUGCAGCGGUGCUCAUGUCCGAGGGCCACCCGAUGGUGAUCAGCUCAGACGACCCAUCCAUGUUCGGCACCACAGGCCUGGCGUACGACUUCUAUCAAGCCUUUAUGGGCAUUGGGGGCCUGAAUGCAAACCUGGGCACCCUGAAAGAACUGGCCCUCAACUCCAUCAGGUACAGCUCGCUGCCGGACCAUCUUAAGGACGCGGGUCAGGCCAUGUGGCAGAAGAAAUGGGACGCUUUCGUUUCAGCUCAGUCUUGAGCCACAUGGACCCUUUUUAUGCGGGAACAUUGAGCUUGUGAUGAUUGUCGGAGCCAUCCUUGUGGUCAUCUGUUUGAAUUGGACUUGAAGCCCCUCCUCGGUAGGAUGACAUAACCACCCGAAAGACAUUUGAUAAAUAAAUCUCCUUUUUUCUAUUUUAAAUAUUGCCAACCACAUAAAGUGUAUGCUAAGCUCACCAACUAAUGGCAGCCGGCAAAACUGUGUUGGAAUGUAAGACCACGUGACUUGCCAUGAGAGUCAUCUAUUGGUUAAUUAAUUUUUAAAGGCCUACUGAAACCCACUACUACCGACCACGCAGUCUGAUAGUUUAUUUAUUAAUGAUGAAAUCUUAACAUUGCAACACAUGCCAAUACGGCCGGGUUAGUUUACUAAAGUGCAAUUUUAAAUUUCGCGCGACAUAUCCUGCUGAAAACGUCUCGGUAUGAUGACGUCAGCGCGUGACGUCGCGGAUUGUGGAGGACAUUUUGAGACAACAUGAUGGCCAGCUAUUAAGUUGUCUGUUUCAUUGCAAAAUUCCACAGUAUUCUGGACAUCCGUGUUGGUGAAUCUUUUGCAAUUUGUUCAAUGAACAAUGGAGACAGCAAAGAAGAAAGCUGUAGGAGCGAAGCGGUGUAUUGCGGCCGACUUUAGCAACACAAACACGUUGUUUACAUUCCCGAAAGUUGACAGUCAAUCUUUACCAUUGGCCUGUGGAUAACUGGGACAACAGAGACUCUUACCAGGAGGACUUUGAGUUAGCUACGCAGACACGGUACCGUGAGUAUGCUUCCAAACAUUUGAUCGCUUGCCCGUACGUGCGUGCCGCUAUGUGCAUGUCACGUAAAUAAUUCAAUGUAUACACCCUGAUGAUUAUCUUGUGUGAUGACUGUAUUAUGAUGAUAGUAUAUAUGAUAGUAUAUAUCUGUAUCAUGAAUCAAUUUAAGUGGACCCCGACUUAAACAAGUUGAAAAACUUAUUCGGGUGUUACCAUUUAGUGGUCAAUUGUACGGAAUAUGUACUUCACUGUGCAACCUACUAAUAAAAGUCUCAAAAAGUCUCACGUACGUGACUUUGGGGAAAUAUAUGUGCUGUAUGAACUUUGGGGAGGUGAACGGUACUUUGGGCUGUGGGAUUGAGUGUGUUGUGCAGGUGUUUGAGUUGUAUUGGCGGGUUAUAUGGACGGGAGUGGGGAGGUGUUUGUUAUGUGGUAUUAAUUUGUGGCAUAUUAAAUAUAAGCCUGGUUGUGUUGUGGCUAAUAGAGUAUAUAUAUGUCUAGUGUUUAUUUAUUUUUUAGUCAUUCCCAGCUGAAAAUCAGGUCCCACCCGCCUCUCACAGCAUCUUCCCUAUCUGAAUCGCUCUCACUGCCCUCUAGUCCUUCACUCUCACUUUCCUCAUCCAUGAAUCUUUCAUCCUCGCUCAAAUUAAUGGGGAAAUCGUUGCUUUCUCGGUCCGAAUCGCUCUCGCUGCUGGUGGCCAUGAUUGUAAACAAUGUGCGGAUGUGAGGAGCUCCACAACCUGUGACGUCACGCUACUCGUCUGCUACUUCCGGUACAGGCAAGGCUUUUUUAUCAGCGACCAAAAGUUGCGAACUUUAUCGUCGAUGUUCUCUACUAAAUCCUUUCAGCAAAAAUAUGGCAAUAUCGCGAAAUGAUCAAGUAUGACACAGAAUGGACCUGCUAUCCCCGUUUAAAUAAGAAAAUCGCAUUUCAGUAGGCCUUUAAAAAUGUUGACUAUCACGCUGCAUUAGGUCGAUCUGAUCUCUGUUAAAUUGCGGCUUUAAGCAGGAUUUUAUUUUGAACCCCUGGCCCCAUUCCCAUUAAAAAAUGUUUUCACACUUUUUUAAAUUUAUGUAAACUAUUUUGAUACUUUUUUUAAACAAUUUUGUGUUUCAUGUGAUGCAUGUUUUAUAUAUAAAUUAAUGAAAAAUAAAUGGUUCAAUACAGUAAUCCUCGUUUAUCGCUGUUGAUUGGUUCCGCAAAGUAGAAAAUGUUCAUCUUUAAAU